CAUCUUUGCUCUUGAAUUGGAUUAUUUCGUAGCAAACUUAAGCAACAUGAGUUCAUUUCAAGAGAAACGAGAAUUAUCAGAUGAAGAGGAAAACUGCUUGCGAGCAAUGCAAUUGGCAAACGCUACAGUCAUUCCUCUGGUCUUGAAAUCUGCAAUCGAUCUUGAUUUGUUAGAGAUCAUGGCAAAAGCUAGCCUAGAAGGUCGUAAGCUCUCGUCUGCUGAGAUUGCCUCUCACCUUCAAGCACAAAAUCCUGACGCCAUAUCAGUUAUAGACCGCAUGCUCUGCCUUCUGGCUAGCCACUCCAUCCUCACAUGCACUCUUGUCACUGAUAUGGAAGGACGUUCCCAUAGAGUAUAUGGUUUAGCACCAGUGGGCAAAUACUUCCUUCAAAAUGAAGACCGAAUUUCUUUUGCUCCCUUGCUACAGUUCCAAAUGGAAAAAUAUAGCAUUGAUCAUUGGUGUUACUUAAAAGAGGCAGUAAUUGAUGGUGGUGUACCGUUUGAGAAGGCAUUUGGGAUGCCGGUGUAUGAGUACGCUAAGAAAGAUGAGAAAAUGAAUAACGUCUUCAAUAAAAUGAUGAGCAACAUCAGUUCCCUAGUCAUGAAAAAGGUUUUAGAAACUUACAAGGGAUUUGAGGGUUUAGAGCAGCUGGUAGAUGUUGGUGGUGGGGUGGGUACAACUCUUAAGUCGAUAGUCUCCAAGUAUCCCCAGAUAAAGGGUAUUAACUUUGAUUUGCCACAUGUUAUUAAGAAUGGGUCCCCUUUUCCAGGUGUGGAAUACAUUGGAGGAAACAUGUUCACUAAAGUUCCUCAAGGGCAAACCAUUAUCUUGAAGUGGAUACUUCACAAUUGGGAUGAUGAUCACUGCUUGAAGCUACUCAAAAAUUGUUAUGAUGCCUUACCAGAUUCAGGUAAGGUGGUGGUGAUGGAAUUUUUAGCACCAGAAUCACCUGUGAGUGAUCUUAUCGACAAAAUUGUCUUUGAGUUAGACAUAAGAAUGUUUCAGUCGUUCUCUGGGGCGAAAGAGAGGACAAAGAAAGAGUAUGAGGCUUUGGCAAGAGAAGCAGGUUUCUCAGCUUUGAAACAGAUAUGUCCUGCUUACAACUUUUGGGUGAUGGAAUUUUACAAAAAUAUGAACCCUUCUGCCUGAGUCACGGAGAAAUUUAAGGACGCCCAAUUUAUCUGCAGAAAGGCAAAAUUUCCCAGGCUCACCAUGUUCUAGUGUAGUGUUUCAAUAAAUGUUGUUUAGUGUC